GAGCCAGUUCAAGAUCCGUUUCCAAUGUAUACAGUAAUGGAGACGUCAAACAUUUCCUUUUCUGAAAUAGAACAGUCUGCAAAACUAAAAAACUAUACGCAGUAUGUAAUUAACUGGUAUAAUCCGCCACCAUUCCUGAGAAUCAGAAGAGAGGCAAUAAAUUGUGGGUUUGAAAAAUGUAAAUACAAGAACUGUAUAAUGACUUUUAGCCGAAAAUUUAGUGCUGUAGCUCACGCUGUUUUGUUUGAUGGCAGAUGGGUUUCCGAAAAAGUUGGCUUCGUUCGACCUCCGGGUCAAGUUUGGAUAUUUGCUGCACACGAAACCCCACUAAUCUUUGAAUAUAUCGGAAAAUGGUGGACACAGCCACAAUGGCGGUAUGGAUUUAACUGGACCAUGACAUAUGACAAAGAUAAUACAGAUAUAUAUCUCCCUUACGGAGAAAUACGGAAAUACCCGAACUACAUUAAUCGAGAUUAUGAAGCGCUUGCAUUAUCAAAGACACAAGGCGCUUUACUGAUUAAUUCACACUGUAAUACAUCUUCAUAUCGCGAAACUUUCGUGCUGAAAUUAAGUAAGUAUAUACCUGUAACAGUACUUGGACAAUGUGGGAAACCGUGGAACUGUGGUACACACUAUAUCCACGACAAAUGCUUUGACCUUUUAAACACAACGUAUAAAUUUUUCUUAGCUUUUGAAAACGCGUUUUGCAACCAGUAUUUCACGGAGAAAGUCUACGAGAACUUUAACUAUGACAUUAUCCUCGUUGUAAGGGGUGGUAGAAACAACGAAACAAUGUCUUUAUUUCCGAAAGGAGCCGUAAUAUCAACAGAUUCUUUCAAAAGUAUUGACGAGUUGGGAAAAUAUUUAGCACAAUUAUCGAAUUCAAAACGUGAUUACGCCGAUAUACUGAGACGUAAGAGUCAGUAUUAUUCACCGGGUUACACGGAAGUGUAUCAACGUGCCAUGUGUGAUCUUUGUGAACGUAUGAACAAUCAAGAAAAAUAUCAUAAACAUAUUCCAGAUAUUGUACAUUGGGCUUAUCACAAACAACCGUGUGUGAAUGCAUCAGAUCUACAUUGAAUAACAAAUAUUGGUAUAUUUUUGUUGAUUUUGCCAAACAUUUUUUGUUUGUUUUUGCUAUAUAGUUUGUUUGCUUUUAUUUUGAGAAACAAGUACAUGUAUUGCUAUAUUUUUGUUGAUUUUGCCAUAUAUUUUUUGUUUGUUUUUGCUAUAUAGUUUGUUUGCUUUUAUUUUGAGAAACAAGUACAUGUAUUGCUAUAUUUUUGUUGAUUUUGCCAUAUAUUUUUGUUUGUUUUUGCUAUAUAGUUUGUUUGCUUUUAUUUUGAUUUUUUUUGCUAUAUUUUGCUUAUUAUGGCUACACUACGUUAUUGAUAAAACUAUAUUGUUUAUGCUUUUACAUGAUACUUUUAUUUAAAGGCCCAUUAUGCCUCCGAAAAGAAUAAAUGUUUAAGGGCAUAUAUAAACUAAAUAAUGUUUAAAUAAUGGUUUUAAAGCUGUAAGAUAAUUUUUUUUACGCUUGUAUGAGAAGUAAUUUGUCAUAAAUGUAGCAAAAUGUAAUCAAAGCAGCAUAUAAAAUACUAAAUAGCUAUAACAGUUUUAAUUGCAAAAAAGCAAAAGAAGCACAAGAAUGUUCAGGCAAUUGAUCGAUGAGUGACUUUUUAUGGGGAAAUAAUAAAGUAAACUCCAAAAAACAUAGAAAUAAAAGCAUUUAUUAGGCAUAAUGGGCCUUUAGUUUUACAAUAAUGUUGUUAUUACAGUCUUUCUUUUAUAAACACAUUUG